AAAAAAGAAGAAAACGUAAAAAAAAAAAAAAUAAGAGGAACGAAAUUUCCGCUACAUGUCAAGUUUUCAUCUGUUCAUUUCAUGCUGCGAUGGCAGAAUAGCGAGUCAAGUAAAUUAUUGGUUAAUGUGAUGUUUUGUAAGGGUAAUAACAAGGCAAAAUGCCAAUACAGGCACCUCAGUGGACGGAAUUUCUCUCCUGUCCAGUCUGCCGUCAUGACUUUGACGCGACACAGCGUGGUCCAAUAUCGCUGGGAUGUGGCCACACCGUCUGUCGGACUUGCCUUGCGAACCUCCAACGAAAACAGUGUCCAUUUGACCAAAGCGUUAUAAACACCGAAGUAGAAAGGCUGCCGCUGAACGAUGCGUUACUACAGCUUGUCGGUAGCCCGGUUACUCCAAAUUCAGGGAAAGCUCAUUCGGAACUCGUCCCCAUCGAAGAUCACGCUCACUAUCUUGCCGCCAAAUGUUGUAUCGAAGAGCUUGCACUCUACCUGAAACCAUGUCAAACUACACCUGCGACAGGGAUGGGUCUUGUUUCGAGGCCCAUGCAAAGGAAACUGGUUACACUAGUUGGCUGUCAAUUGGUGGAACCGGAAGGUCGGGCGCGGGCUGUAAGGGCGGCGAGAAGCUUAGGGGAACGUUCCGUGACGGAGUUAAUUCUUCAACAUCAAAAUCCCCAGCAGUUAAGCGCCAAUUUAUGGGCUGCUGUGCGUGCGAGAGGCUGUCAAUUUCUAGGUCCAGCCAUGCAAGAGGAAGUUCUGAAGCUGGUACUGCUGGCGUUGGAAGAUGGGUCCGCUCUUUCUAGGAAAGUUUUAGUUAUGUUCGUGGUGCAGCGUUUGGAACCCCAUUUUCCUCAGGCUUCAAAAACGAGUAUCGGACACGUCGUACAACUUCUUUACAGAGCGAGUUGCUUCAAGGUAUCGAAACGCGAGGGUGAUUCUUCGUUGAUGCAACUCAAAGAAGAGUUCAGAACUUACGAAGCUCUGAGGCGAGAACACGACGCUCAGAUAGUUCAAAUAGCCACAGAGGCGGGACUGAGGAUUGCACCUGAUCAGUGGUCCGCCUUGCUGUACGGAGACACCGGCCACAAGUCCCACAUGCAAAGUAUUAUCGACAAACUUCAGACUCCUCAAUCGUUUGCUCAGAGUGUCCAGGAGCUCGUCAUUGCACUGCAACGCACGACAGAUCCAGGACAAUUGAGCAGCCUAAGACCGCAGCUCGAAUUGCUCGCCUCUAUCGACCCCAGUCCAGAAACUGAGGCUCCGACAUGGACCGAAUGUCGUGGCGCUCUGGAAGCCGUGAGAACCGUCGUCGCUGCGUUGGUAGAGUUUAUUCAGCAGCAUGGAAAUCGAAAGCCGCAGGACAGUACUCACAAUGCAGGACCCGGUCAGCCCAAAUAUAAAGUGAGCAUGUGCCGUGACUUGGCGUUGAGGGGAUCUUGUCCACGAGCGACGAGUUGUACUUUCGCUCACAGCGGUCCGGAGCUCGACAAAUAUAGAUCAAAGCAUCGGAAACUCAGUGUGAGGUCGAGCCUGUCGUUAACUGGAAAUUCCGAGGUAAAAGUUGGAAAAUCAGCUGCUCUAUCCAACAACAAGGGGUUGAAACAGUGCGACGAUCUCGUUUACCAUUCCGGCAUGCCCUACGAUAACGUUCUCAGAGAAAAUUUCACGUCAGGGACCAAAGUCGGUUCCUCUCAAGAUUCUAUGAUUUCUAACGACAAUAACUUCGUCGGACCGAUGCCGAACUAUAUAUCUUCGCCAACACAGUCUUUGAAUCAGGUACUUCCUUCGAAAAAUGUACAGAUGCAAUACGCGCAUUACGUUAUGCCUGGCCCGGGUGUGGAGUACACUUCGCCAAAUUCGCCUACUUGGGAUCCUCCGCAAAUGACACCUACCGUACACAACAAUGCUGCUAACAACAACAAGAAGCAGCGGUCCGUCGCAAAGACCUUGGCAAUGCUGCUGCAUCGAAAAAUGGAAAUUAUAAGUCAGCUGGAAAAUAUCGUUGGAAAACAAACGCCCGUACAGCUGAAAACUAGCAACACUUCUCAGGGAGAUCAGUUAACCUCUAAUUUUUCGAUCUGGACAACUGCUUCUGGGACGCAAGUACCUCCACCUUCAAACAUCAACUACGGAACGACAUUUCAUCACUCGGACUCCAUAUUACUGGAUGACGAAUUUGUGCCAUUCGACACACCUCCAGCUAGUAAAUACGGCCCUAUUUCCAGAGUUACCAAGCCAUUAGUCAGAUCUCCGAACGCGGUACAAGCUUCAACUUUCUUUGGAGAAGGAACUCCUACCAUACAAAGACGACCAAUGCCCUCCGCAAGUCCCGUGACGUCGUGGCAUUACGGACAUCAACAGCACGCGAUGGGUGGGCACAGCGGAGUACAGCCUCUCGCCGGCUCUACCUUCGGAGAUGGUUACAUAACGGUCGGUCGUGGGACGCAAGAAACCAAUUCUCAAGUACAACUUUCUCGCCAAGAGUCCAUGUCUAAAGAUUUGCUACUGGAAUCGCAGAAGGUGAAGCAGCAAUUGAAGCAUCUUGAGGAAAAAAUCAAUGAGUUGAAGCUCGCCACCCAAGGAGCCGCCUUCAGCGAGGGAGAAAGAUUGGCUCAAGAGUUGCAGAUGAUCGAAGCAGGUAUUAGAGAAAAAGAAAGAGACGUACGCAACUGGAGUCCAUACGGGAUGUCGUGGUUUCAGCCAUCUAGUAAUUUGGUGCAAAAUCACAAUCUCAACAGAGAUUACGGAGCCGAUGAGGAAGAUACGUACGAGGCCGGAAUAGCAAAUGACAUGCGUGAAUUGGAACUCCGAUGGGAAUUUGAGUUGGAAGAACACGAAAAACGUUGGUCGAGCGAAGAAGACAAUAUCAAGAAGUGAGCGGAUAUUAGCUAGGUGAUUCCUCAAGACACUCUCGCAUUGGUAUUGUUAUCACCCGUUAAGCAAGACGGUCGGAAUACUCAGCAGAGCUAUCGAGAAAUUGGUUAGGAUAGGAUACGAAGCCUUAGAUGGGGUAUGUAACUCUGAAAAAUUAGAACUUGGUUUGGGUAUAACAUAUAUGUAGACAGACAUAAAAGGUAUUUUUUUAAUACCGCUUGAGGAGUUGACUAUAAAACAUUCGCGCUGAAACUCGUAGGCGAGGUAUAGAAUUGCCUGAUAGUCAUCAAAUAGUGCAUAUAGGGAGUGAAAGAAAGAUUGUUUUUAAAACAACUACGCAUAUGAAUAUGGAUUUGUUAAAAUUUAACAGAAGUUAGUGUCAGUGUUUUAUAAACAUGACAAAAUAUAGCAUAUUUAUUUAUAUAUUUGCAGAUCGUGGCAAAACACAUAAUAUUAUAUACGUCUAUAAAUAUUCGGGAAGAAUGUUAACCAACCUGGAAAUAGGUUUUAACUUAGAAAGACGCCUAUAGAUACAUACACGUAAAUGUUAUGCAUAUUGGGAAAUAACACAUUUUAUGGGGGAAUUUGGAUAGUUGGUGUCAUUGUGAAUUAUUCUAGUUAUUCAACACAAUCAAGUGAGCAUCGCUCCGAUAACCACAAAAGUUGAUAAAAGCCAUGGAGUAAUAUUUUCCAACCUCGUUAUACUGUUUUUUACUUUUCUAUGUGCUGUUCGCUCACUCAAUCAGUUUCGAUUGAAGGAGUACUCUUUGAAAAAAACUUUGAUCGAUUUACGAUAAUCGUGAAAAUAUUUUUUCAAUUUUGGGAAGAACUCGAAAUUUGUUCUCGCAAAAUUCAAGUUGUUCCAAAAGAGAACAUUAAAUUGUUUUGGAGCUGGUACUUUGGCGUGGUGAAAGUAAUGAAUAUUUCUUAAAAACAACAUUAUGUCGUUGGGUAAGCUUGCUUGCAUGGUGUGACAUAAUAAAUAAUAAUAUAAAUAUGUCUACUAGGAUAGCCAUUGAAUUGCUUUCUAUUUUUAUGAAAUAAUAUAUAACUCAGAUAUUAAUGUUCCAGUUUUAUUGGAAGUAACAAUAGAGAAUUUUAUCGAGAAUAUGGUUUUCGGAAGGUGAUUUUUCCAGCCUUGAAUUACAAUAUGUUAUUUUUUAUACAUUUGUAAGAAAGUCGCUCUGCUCACGCUCAUUGUCGCGUAUCAGCCUUGCGAAAUAAUCGGUGCAUACCGAAUCACUUGUAUUACGUAGCAAACUAAGAAGCCCCGAGCUCGACCUCAACCGUGGUGCGUUACUGAAAGAGAGAAACAUAGAAAAACAGUGUACCGUCAACGUUUCAUUCGAAAGACGAAGUUUGUUUUUUCAUUUCUCGAUUACUGAGCUGUUGAAGUGAUAGUUGCACUGUUAGUGUAUGGAAUUGUUACAAUGUAUCGUUAACUCGUCGACAUUGAAGGCACGCAUUGCAGGUCGAACGGACCUCAAAGAUAUUCUAACCUGUCACACUGCAAUUGAAGCCCGUUUUUUAAUUAGGACAAAAAAAAUAUUCUAAGAUCGGAUGAAUUUUAGCUAUAGAAUAAGACAAUUUUAAAUUAUGUUUGGUCCGUCUUCUUUGUAAAAAAGCGAGAACGAAGAGAAAGAAAAAAGACGUUGAUUUCCUAAAAAGUAUUAUGAAUCGGUGUCUUUACGAGGUACAAUAAUGCAUUUAUUUGAAAUAACAUUUCACACAUUCAUCUAUGAUUCUACGAGUAGAACAAUUGCAUAAAUUUAUACGUGCCCGAUUAACCCGGAAAAUUCUACAAGUAUACAAAAUACUCGAAAGAAUUUGUGUACUAUAGUAUACUACAGGUGUAACCAACUGAAAACUGUUGUAAAUCAUUUCAAGAGGGCACGUUUUUACCUUCCGCUUUACUAUAGUAUGAAAAUUGUAACAUCGAUAAUUAAUAUCCGAAUUAUGGUAUGCAUUUAACUCAGUGAUCUUCACAGUACUGAAAUGCUUGAUUACUAUGAAAGCCGUUUAAAAAUUUCGCCUCCGUUAAACUAUGCAAUUUAAUAUAGUUCUAAUAAUAACUAUACAAAAUUCCAGAGCACUGGCCGAUGAGCUGAGUUAUCGUUGCACUGCAAUUUUGGUGGCCUUUAAUCUCAUCGUAUUAUUCAUAUCAUAUGGUUAUCAAUUUUUUUUUUCACACUAUUUCAACAAUACUCGAAUAACUAUUCGAUUUAUCAAUUGUUGUUAACUACGUGAUGUUCUUAUGAAAUUUAAUGCAAUACCUUUGUUUUUAUUAGUAUCAAACACAACGUCAUGCUUAUUUUAAUGUUAAUCAUAAUAUCCUUUUAUCAAAAAGUGAGCUAGCGUCUUUAUUGGUUCAAUUGGAUUGUUCUCAACCCGAUUCUUUUCCGAGAGCAUCAAUCAUAGCUGGUAGACAAUUACAACGAAUCAUAUUAGGUUUGUUAGAAAGAUUAAAUCACCUCUAGGAUUCCAACAAAGGUGUAAAUUUACAAAUCGGCUGUAAAUCAUGCUCAACGUGAAUAUUGAGUGAGGGAAGGAGGGGAAUGUUAACUCAAUUUUCUGCAGUCGAAAAACUAUGUAUUAUUCUCACUUGCCUACUUUAGCAUUCUGCGGAGUACAUAAGAACGGCUGUGUACAAUGGGAAGUAACGAGUGCAACAGGACUGUUUGUGCAAGCUUCGUAUUAAUUACAUGUUAAACAUGUCACUAUAAUGUGUAUGAUGAUACCGGCAUACCUAUCUUAACGGUAUGAAACCACAUACAAUCUAUACAGUAAAAGUUCUUUGUUUGAACGUACAAUAAAAUUCGAUAUAAAUUAAUCAUAUAUUAUAUUUUAUACAUAUCGGUAUAGUAUGUAUGAUACAUAAUCGGUACACUUGGCAGAAUUUUAAUCGAGCAACACCUCGUGUCACUUGUGUUACACGCGUCUCACUAUUACUUUUCGACGUUUCCUACCCUAAAGCCGACAAUUUAUAGAAUUGAUAGUUAGUAGACUACUGAGAAUCCAUCGCAAUCGUUCAUCCUUGAAAAAUUUUAUAAUUAUUGUUAUAUGUUUUGUAUGACAAGUGUACUGUAUACAUGAAGUGUAAUAUAUUUAUAUGUGUAUUCAAUUACA